UAAAAAGACACACCUAGGCACUUUACCCAUUUUUGGUUUUCACUGUAAUGAAAUUUGCUCUCUGUAGUUGUUAUAUAUAUCUUAUUUAAAGCUGGAAUAGACUGCUGUAUGCUAGAGCAAGCAGACCAGAAAAGCUUAAACCAUAUUUGUUCCACAUCUGAGGUAGAUUGAGGGUGAUAGUAGAACCGAAUCUAAUAUGUAUACCGAGGGAAAAAAGCAUCUGGUUUUACUCAUUGUGUUGAUUUUCUACUGCCAGGUUACUCUCAGUACUUCAAAACUGCUGAAUGCAUCCUCUGCUGUUAUUGAUGAUCUCUAUGAUGGAUGCCGUGAAGAAGCCAUGAAGAAGUUUAAUCCUGACGUUUUAAAACAAGAGCUUGGCAAAAGUGAAAAACUGCAGAAAGCUUGGAACAAAUGGGAGCAAGAGAAAACAAGAACAAAUUGUUCAUCAAAGAUCCCCGGAGGAAGUAAAGAGCACACCUCUGCCCUGUCCGUCUUCUACUACUACAGGGGUACAAACUUUAUUAAGGAGCUGAAUAAUGCAGUGGAGAUGAUGAUGACAAAUGUUACCACAUAUGAAAAUGACUUUCAUUUCAAGGCCCUUCAUUUCCUACUGAUGGAUUCCAUGAAGUUGUUGAAGCCAAAGGAAUGCAAGGAGGUAUAUUUAGUCCAGGAGGAGCAAAUAAAACAAGAACCAAGCUCAAGUGUAAGGUUUGCAAGUUUCAUCGUUGCUGAAACAGACUUGGAAUUGAUUGAUUAUGUAGACCAAGUUGUUCUUAAAAUAAAAACUUGCUUCUACGUCGACCUGGGGGACCAGCUUUGUCAGAGAUAUCUUGGUAAAAUACUCCUAUCUCCAGCUGAAGUCUUCACCGUAGAGACCGUAGCUAAAAAGGAGAACAGUGAUGGUGAUGAGUUCAUUGAAGUGGUCUUGGCCCAUUCUGCUCUGAGAAGCAACCACAACUGUAUCAUGUUUUCAAGGUCUGCAGCUGACAUCAAUGCCCAUUUGUUUCUUCCUCUGCUUGCAGCAUUAGCAAUAUUGUCCACAUGUUUGUAAAAUAACUUCUUCUGACCUUAAAUUUAUCCAAAAA